AGGGCAGUGCUUUGUGCAAUCGAUCCUGCAGGGCAGCCACUGAACUCUGUUGCAGUAGGGGUACCUCGAUUACCAGGCGGUGCGCUUCGUGUUGGCGGGGCACCCAAGGAGGUCCCGUGUUAAUUAGGGGCUUCACAUUGCUGUUUCUUUGGUGUUGCGAUCUACUCUGAAUGGCGGGCAUACGGGUGGACAUCCCGUGUCUCACAUUUUUCCAUGCUGUGAAUCGCUUGCAGAGGACCCUGGCUGGCUUUUCUUUUUCCUGUCUUCUUUCGUCCUCUCGAUGAUAAAGUCUGGUGCUUCUUCCUCGAGGCGGAAAUACUUUUACUUUGUCAAUCCUCGUCCUGCAUGUCGUGUUGGCUGUGCUGAAGCUUCUUUGGGGUGGUUCUGUCUUGGCUAUCUCACUUGGCUGACCUGCCAUGAUGCUGGCGCCAGACACGCUCUAAAUCUGUCCAUUCUCCAUUCGUCCUUGGGCUCCCUUUUCUUCCCCUCUCUUCUUCGUGGAUAUAUUGUUGUUACUCCUAGUGUUCUCAAGUCAACCUCUUUGCGCAAGCAUCGUCACCGCACACUCCGCAGCCAUCGUCGUUGCACCAGAACGGCGUGCCCACGAUGGCGGACCACCACGAACAGUAAGUUGCUCUUGCCGUCAGAGAUGAUGACUGGACUGCUGGCCCUGGCCGGUAGGCGUCAAGCAGCACCAUUAUGCCAGUGCAUCGUUCGUGCAUCCAGGUACGGAUGACGGCGAUGAUGCUAGUCACAGCUGGCCCCGCCUUUGCCUGCUGCCCAGCAUCAUCCACCAGAGUGACCCCUGCUCUCCUGGGCGCCCACCA